AUGACGUAUUGGCCCAUCUGCUCGCCCUCUGUCUUCGCCGCCACCAAGCAGACGCGCCCCGGCAGUCCUCAGACGUCGGACGACGGCGUCCAGCCCGACCAGGAGCCUCAUGGAGGAGAGAGCGAUGAAACCUCCGAGGAUGAUGUGUCGGGAGAGAUGAUUGGCAUCAAAGUGACGCGCAGCGGGCACAUGUUUGCUACCAUCACGCGUUCGACCCUAACGAUAUGGCAGACCAAGCCAACGGCCGUCCUUGCCUCGGUCCUGCGCUCCGACCAGUCCUUGAAGACAUACGGCCCCAAUGUUAAUAUCCUGCUCCGCCCAGACUCCCAGAUCUUCGUCGUACAAACGUCGCUCGGCUUUCUCAUCACGUAUUCCCUCGCGACCGACCCCACGUCUCGCGUCUACAAGACGCAGUUUGCAAACACUAUCGGAGGAGGGCAUUCGAGACGGCAGAGUGGGGUCGCAGGCUUCAAGAUCCAGCGCCAGCACGACACAAAUGCGGGGCCCGGCGAAGGCAGCGGAAUCAAGGAGCUCAGUCUCCGUUUCCGCAUGGUCAUCCGCGUCGACGCUGGCAUCGCGCGAGCAUUGGCCCUGGACGACGAGCUCAUCGUUGCGACGGAAAAGCCCGCAGCAAUCCAGUGCAUUCGCUGGGCCCCCGACAGCAACGGCAGCCAAACGAGCACCGAGCUGAUUAGUCGGAUGACUUGGCUGGGGAAAAAGACGACAAUCAUUGACAUGAUCCAUGAUCGCCCCAUGAACCUGUCGACCUGGAUUACGGGAGACGGCAAAGCUUUCGCGGUUCAACGCCUGCCCCCCAACACCCUUCAGGAAGGGAAACCGCACCAUAAUCUUUUCAAAGGCCACGGCUACCACAUCCCGCGGACUGAGGUCGAGUACGGUGUCAAAGCUGCCAUCAACGCGAGGUUUUCAUUGCUCGCCGUUGGAUGUGCUAAUGGCGAUAUAUGCGUGUACACAGCGCGGGACUACACUGGCAACAUACCUUUAUCACACAAACUACGCCCCAAUGUCUCAACUCCAGGGAGACUGUCAGUAUUAACCUACUCCCCGGACGGAUAUUGUCUUUUCGCAGGCUACGAGCACGGGUGGGCCAUGUGGAGUGUCUAUGGUAAGCCUGGUGCAACCAGCUACGCUACAGACCGCUCCCUGUCAAAAACGAAUGAGGAAGGAUGGCUCCUUGGCGUACGGGAUGGCUUUUGGAUUGGUGGUGGAGCUGAGCUCCUCCUUCUCAGCAACCACGAUAAUCGUCUAUUCUUGCUUGAGAUGGCUCGCAGUGCCAUCACUGGAUGCUUCUCUUCCUCCAAUGUCUCACGGUCGCUGAUGCAGACCAGCUCUGGAUUCAUGAUUUACCGCGGUUAUGAUUUGCCUGACCUUACCACCAUCUCAGCAGAUGUGUCUCUGUGGCACCAUGUCCAAGUCCCCGCCCAUUACCUGGUAGAUCAAUGGCCGAUUCGGAGUGCAGCCAUUUCAUCUGACGGAAGAUAUGUCGCCGUUGCGGGUAGACGAGGUCUCGCUCAUUACAGUGUCAACAGCGGCAGAUGGAAAACAUUCGACGACCCAUUUAUGGAAAGUGAAUUCACCCUGCGUGGAGGCAUGUGUUGGUUCCAGCAUGUUUUGAUAGCGGCCAUUGAAUCACACGACUCUCACGAGAUUCGGAUAUAUUCCCGUGAACUGACUUUAGACAACGACCAUGUCAUGCAUACCCAGCAAUUACCCGCUCCUAUUGUCCUGAUUGCCCUGUCUGGAGAAGACUCACUCCUUGUCUACACGUACGACAACAUCCUAUAUCACUACAUUAUUAGUGUGUCCGACGCCACCGUAAAAUUGGUUCAGGUUGGGCAGAUUGCUUUGCACGGCAUCAUCCGCGCACCCCCUCGUGUCCGAGCGUUGAGUUGGAUACUGCCUGAGGAUCAGAUUCACAAUGGCGAUCCCUCGCAAGAUGUUGCGGUUGCUACCAUAUUGUUUCUAGUCGAUGGCAAGCUCGUGUUGCUCCAGCCAACGACAACCGAAGGCGGAGAGCUUAAGUACGAGAUGCGCAUCAUCGCACAGAAUGUGGAGACGUAUGCGCUCAUGCGCGAUCAUCCUGCAUUCGCCCUAGAAACGCACGAAGAUUCCUUGCCGCCGAGUCCCUCUGUAGGGCUGGCGAUCAACGAUUUGAAUGGGCACGAUCUCCGCGACUCGCUUUGGUUUUUCGAUGGUCGUGACGUACGGGUAUGGAUUGACAUGCAAGACGUCUUAUCCUCGGCAUCAAUCGAACUCGGUCGGGAACUGCCCACGCCCGUCAAGAUUCCUGUCGACUUCUAUCCGCUUUCCGUACUCAUCAACAAGGGUAUCGUUUUUGGCGUCGAAUCAGAACUGGUACAGCGGAGAGACACCAGCUUCGCCUACCUACGAUUCGGAACAAGGACUCACCUCUUCCUUCCUGCAUUGCUGCGCUACCAUUUGGCGCAAUACAAUUCACCAGCAGCACUGCACUUGAGCCACCAUUACCAGCAUCUGCAGUAUUUGCCUCAUGCUUUAGAAAUCUUACUACAUGAAGUUCUAGACGAAGAGGUGGACACAGCGCCGCCGCCGGAGCAAGCGCUUUUACCGAGCGUGCUGUCAUUUUUAAGCUCAUUUCCGCAGUAUCUUGAUAUUGUCGUACAGUGUACGCGCAAGACCGAAGUGCGGCUAUGGCGAACGCUAUUCUCAAAUCUGCCCCCCCCUCAGGAACUGUUCGAAGAAUCGUUGCAGAAAGGGAGCCUAAAGACUGCGGGAGGAUAUCUUCUUGUUCUUCACACAUUCGAGGAACUCAGUUCAACGGGCGAUGAAGUGGUGAGACUGCUACAGCGCGCAAAAGAAGAGCAGGAUUGGGAUCUCUGUAAAGAACUAUCGCGAUUCCUGAUGGCGCUGGAUGAGUCUGGAGCGACGCUCCGGCAGACGUUGGAGUUGGUGGAGCUGAGAAGCCCGUCAGCAGCUAAACCAGAAUUGCAGCCUCACUUCUCGUUUAAUUCGGGUAGGCUAGGUGUACCUCUGCGCGGAAGAAGUAGUAAUACCAAUGGGAGAGGAGUUGGCAUGGGCAUCGAAUUUUCGACAGGUUCGAGGAGUGUGAGCAGGAGCAGUGGAGGCAGUAACCGUAGUCCAACGAGUACGGGUGUGGAGGAGGGGGAUUAUUUUAGGGAGGGAAGCAGCGCGAGUGUCACCUAA